UAGUUUCGCAGUUCCUGUGCAUUGUAAGGGUGUUAUCAAAGUGUUCAAACAAUUUUCUACUAUAUCUAAAUUAUGCUAUAAAAUAUGACAGUAAUAAAUGUGAAAGUUAAUGCCGGAACUAUAAGCCUGUCUAGGCAGCAGCUAUGUCAAUGGAUCUCUGAACUUUCCGGAGUUUCCAUUUCCAAGGUCGAACAGCUGUCUUCUGGUUAUGCUUACUGUGUUAUGUUCGAAUUAAUUUUUUCAGGGUCUAUUAGUAUGCACAAAGUUAAGGUCGAUGCUAGGCAAGACCAUGAAAAGAUAAAUAAUUUUAAGUGUCUACAGCAGGGUUUUACUAAACGGGGAGUUCUUUAUACCAUACCAGUAGAAUCCCUAGUUAAAGGAAGAUUUCAAGACAAUUUUUUAUUUCUCCAGUGGUUUUAUAAGUUCUUUCAAGCCAACGCUCCUGGACUUGAGAAUCCGCGCAACACUGACUUUCCAACUGAAAACACGCAUAGAGUCGGUUUAAGUCGCUGUUCCACUGAGGCAUCUAAGAGCCCCUGCAGCGUUACCACGCGGUCUCUCCCGCCACUACCUAAGACAGCUAUUAAUAACGAAGAGUUGGCUCCACUAAAAAAAACCGUAACUCACUUGAAAAUGGAACUUGCGGAAGUGACGAAGGAACGUGAUUACUACUUCGAAAAACUUCUAGAUAUUGAGCAAGUCUGCCAGGAAGAAGAGCACAAGGCCAGCCCUCUAACCGAGCGAAUUUUCAAAAUACUCGAACAAGAGGCCGAGGAAGUAACUCCCAAUAAUAUAGUCAACAUGGCAGAGCGAUCUCUCUCCUUGCAAUAAAGCUUAGUGUAGCGA